AUAAAGUUCUUGAUAAGUUUACUCUUGAUAUAUAUGCCCUUAAAAUAUCUCAUAAUUUACAUAUUCAUAAUGAAAUGAUAUUCAAAGAAAUUCCAAUAGACGAGCACAUAGUUAAGCAUAUUUUAUCCUGGUCCGAAAAUGGUUUUUAUUUUUUAUUGAUGGAAUUGUGUGAUAAUAACCUUUCAACUCUUGAAACACUUUUGAAAAAACAUUCAAAAUUCUCAGAACUUGAACUUAAAAAUUACACUGUUGAUAUUUUAAGAGGUCUUAAUCAAUUGCAUAAACGAUAUAUUGUACAUUUAGAUCUUAAACCAGAGAAUAUAUUUUUUAAAAGUGGUGCAUGUAAAAUUGGUGAUUUUGGGUUAGCUUCAAAACUCUUAAAUAAAAAUAAUGACACUGAGAAUGAUUACGAAUACUUGCAAGAAGGGGAUAAUAAAUACAUGGCCCCUGAGUUAUUGAAUGGUAAGUUUUCAACAUCUGCAGAUAUAUUUAGUCUAGGAAUAACACUUUUAGAAUUAGCAACAAAUUUAUCUUUACCCAAUUUUGGAGAAUGUUGGUUAUAUCUUAGAAAAGGAAUAUUACCUUCUGAAAUAAUAAAAGAAUCUGGAGUCUCAGAUGAAUUUUUUGAAAUUAUCAGUUGGAUGCUUAAUCCAGACCCCCAGCUAAGACCAUCUGCUGAAGAGUUACUCUAUAAAUCUAAUACCUGGAUCAAAUCACACAAUCAAAAAAGAUGGAAUAUUUUUAAUUUUUACUUAUACAAUUCUCAAUUAGUAAUAUCCAACAUGAUACAGAAAAGCAUAUUGCUACUAAAUAAAUAUAUUUUUCCAAAGUUUAAAAAAAUUGAUAUGUAUAAAAAGAAUGAUAUUAUCCAACCAUUAUACAAUAAUUUAGAUGCCAAAUUUGAACCAAUUGCUGAAUAUCCUGGUAAAACCAUAGACUUUAAGUCUACAGACAACACUAAUAAUAAAAAACCACAAUUCAAGUCAACUCAUUGUAAUAAUUUGCCAUAUAAUCAUCUGUCAACCACGAAGAACAAAAUUUUUAGAUCCAGCAAAAAGUUCUUAAAUUUCAAUGAUGAAGAAGAACCUAUUCAUUCAAAAGCGAAAGAAUCCAUUUUUAAAAAUUUGCUGCAGGAAUUUGAAUCAGAAAUAUCUCAAGCUUAAAUAAAUAUUUUUUUUAAAAAAUGAUUCAUGUUUUGCGCAUAUUUAUAUUAUGUAAUUUUAAAUAUAUGUACUUUUUUUAAGAUAAUAUUAUUAUUUUGUGAUAGACAGUUUUUAAUGAAUGAAAUAAUAAAUAAUUUAUAAACCAGUGAUGAUGCUAUUAAAUAAUUUGAAUUGAACAUAUAUUUUAUUGAUGACUUAAUUAUUUUAA